AUGGAGGGAGUCAGCCACCCCCCCUGGGAGGCUUCCUUCUGGAAAAGCUUCUUCAUCAAAAAAAGGCACCCCCAAAAUGGGCAGAGCCAAAGUGACUCCUCCGUGGAAAUGAAACCUCCUGCUACUCUACAUCUGAAGAGUAUACACAUUAACAACUACACCAUCGAUGGAGAGCUCCCCCUGGACGCGUUCCACUGUGCCCACCUAGGGAAGGAUGUGGUCAUUCAGAAGGGGAACGAAACAUACAUGGGUAACUUUAAAGGUAGAAAUGUAGACGGGUUUGGAAAAAUAAUUUCGCCGCAAUUUGUCUACGUAGGGCACAUACGAAAUGGGGAGAAGUGGGGCCAUGGUAAAGGCACCUUCCUUUUUGGUCCCUCCGCUGGGGUUGCUCAAUCGAGUGUAGUCACCUACAAGGGGGAGUGGAAAGGGAACAAGCGCAACGGCUAUGGAGUUCUUUCCGUAAAGCAGCAUGUGAAUUGCCCCAGAGUGAAGACGUACGAAGGCUGGUGGAGGCAAAACGAGAGGCACUUCUACGGGGUGCAGCGCUACGCCAAUGCCGUUUACUGUGGCUUCUGGGCGGGCAACAGAAGGAGCGGCUUCGGGAGGAUGUGUUGGUUCGCGAAGGGGGUGAGCGGCAAAGGGGAGCGCGGCAAAGGGGAGCGCGGCAAAGGGGAGCGCGGCAAAGGGGAGCGAGGCAAAGGGGAGCGAGGCAAAACCAAUGAACCACGCAAGGGGAUCACCUCGGGGAGGGCUUCCCCCCAAAAAGGCAACACACCCAAGAAGGUUAUACAAAACGUAUACGUGGGAGAAUGGCAAAACGACGAAAUGCACGGGUACGGAACUUACUUCUGGUUGGUAAGGCACGCAGAUAGGAAGAAGACCCCCUUCCAAAAUGAAGGCUACGAUAAGUAUGAAGGGUACUGGCGAAAGGGGGAGAGACACGGGUUUGGGGUUUUCCACCACAGAGGUGGAGAUACGUAUUUGGGCUCUUGGAAAGACAACAAGAAACACGGAGGAGGGUACCUUUUAAAGACAAAUGGCACCCUUUGCAAGUGCAGCUACCUCCAUGGGGAAGUCACAUCUCAGGUGGAGCUCAACCAGACAUACAUAAUGAAUCACUUGUACACGAAUUCCAUCUGCACGGUUGUCAAUUUGGGUCCUCUUCUCCAGGAGGAUCCAAAUUUAACCAACGGGGAUAUCAAACAGUUUUACAAAAUUGUGUAUGACCAUUUUGACUUACUAAUAAAGGCGUAUGAACUGUACAGGCGAAAAGGGGGGAGCAACAAAAGAAGUAUUACCCAGGAGGUGACUACGCCCCCCCUUGGGAGCUUCACUCUGAAGAACCUCUGGCACAUGUUCUACGAUGCCAACAUCAUCCACAGCAGCUUCCCCCUCAGCUCGCUAAACAGGUUGGCAAAAGAUGACAUGUCCGUGGGCGAAAACGACCAUUUGGCGAAUCUCCUUUUUUGUGAAAAUCACCACUGGGUGGAAGAGGACACCCUCCUGGAUGAGGAAGACAUGGUGAAGAGCUUCUUCCAGAGCAGCCGCUUCCCAACGGGGGUGCACAGUCGGAAGGGGGCCAACCGGGGGAGCCGUAACCCAAAUGGUAACAAAGCAACUCUUUGUGAGGGUACCAGAUCGGCUGCAAUUAGCAGCCAUGUCGGGGGCCAAACUUGUGGGGCAGCCCAUCCGGUGAGCACCCCACCGUACGAAGCACACCACACGACGAAGCAUCCCUGCCUGCCACACGAAACGCACAACCCCAUGGCGCACAUCCUCCUCAACAAGGAUCUCUUCCUCGUGAGGUGCUUUGCAAAGUUUUAUAAAAACCAGUGGAAGAAGCAGCGAUGUUAUCAUAUGAAGAGAGCAAAACUUUUGUUAAAAAAAAUAUCCCUCUUUCUACUUAUAAAUAAGAGCAAACAUAACAACGGCUAUUUGUUCUACGUCCUGUUUUGCCUCUUCCACUCUGCCUUCCCCUUGUGGUAUGCAUCAGCGCGCAUGAGUGGGGCGUGGUUGGUUGGCCGCGCAGGAGGGGAAAAAGGAAAAGGCAAUAGUGGCAUCCACCGAUAUGGUGAUACGUGUGGGGAUGCCAGUCGGAGUGACCACCUCAACAAAUACCUCGCCCUGCUAAACCUAAGCCGAUAUAACAUUCACGAUGAGAGGAGGAAAAUCUCCUUCAACUCUUUCGUGUAUACAUUAGCACGCGUAUCGUUGCACCUGCGCGAUGUUAGAGGCGAGCACCAGACACGCGUCAUGGUCAGCCUGCUUAACGCGCUGAAAGGGUGUGUGCGAGAGGGGGGCGGGCAGAAACGGCACCCCAAGAGGGGUACCAUCAAGGGGGGGUUAAAGAAGGGAAGGAAGAAGCGAAGUCGAGGCAACCAAGUGGGGUGGAAGCGGCCUCCCAACAAGUGCGAAAAAAAGGGAGGGGUGGAGAAGGGGGCCGAAAAUGGGAGAAAGGCCAGCGCUGAGAAGUGUGAAAAUGACGUCUGUCCCAAAAAAUGCACGCAUUCGGCGCGUCGCCAUGGAUUAGGGCCCGGCCGAGCGGGCGAAGCGCGCCAGAGGGGAGGAAAUUUCCACGAAAAAAAAAAUAAUAAAAAAGUGAAGAAAGUGAAAAAGGUGAAGAAGACCGCAAAUGCUGGAAACGCCGCAAACACCGCGAACGUCGAGACGAGGGGGGAAGCCCCGCCCAGCUGCGCCGUCUGCUGCCACCGCGGCGCACCGCCAACCAAACCGAAAGGAAAAAAAAAAAAAAACGGUUCCCCCCAGAGCGGCAAAGAAGGCCUCACCGCGUUAGUGAACAUCCUGGACAACUUCGUCUACUACUUCAUUUUUUACUUCCUGCUGUUCAACUCAACGGAAAAGCGUUUUUCACUCCUCAGCGCAAAAUUGAAUGUGUCCCUGCGGCUGGGGGAUGUGCUAAAAUUUUUACUGCAGUUGAAGCUAACAAGGAAGGAUGAGACGACUGGGGGGGAAGCAAGGAGCAUCAACUUGGGCCCGCACCAUCACUACGAUGACUACCGCCCAGUCGGCAGGGGGCGAACAAACAUUAAGGCGAAAAAGUGGAAACCGCUGCACAUCCUGAAUAGCGCAAACGAAAGGGAAGAAAAGGAAGGGACAACACUUCCUAUGCGGCAGACGAAUAAUAACCACUCCACUGAGGAGGGACAUACAAAGUCACCCGCAAAGAGGAAUAGCUACAUUGCACACACAGCUAGCCAUUUACAGCGUAUGCGCAAGAAGAAAAAAAAAAAAAAAAAAAAAAAAUUUCACCUGAACCGUUCAGGCAAAAACGACAGUAGGAAGAAGAAAGUCUUAAAAAAAUUCUCGCGCAUGUUCUGCUUAUCCUUCGUCCAAGUGUUAGCCAUCUUUUCGAAAACGUUAAACACGCCAAACUUGCAUUUAACAAAUGAGUCUACCUUGCAGUUGUGUCUUUCCCGGCGAAACGAAAGAGAAAAAAUCGACAAGCAUCGUUUGCAAAAUAAUGCGGUACGCUACAUUGUCCUACUAAACGAGGAGAAAAAAAAAAUUCUGAACAGAUUUGCCACAUGCACAAAGCGGAAAAGUUGCUCAGAGGAGGUUCUCCCCAAUCGGGAAAAGGGCGAAACAGGGGGAGAAAGACCCUGCCCUGUGCACACCAAGGGGUAUAAGAACAAACUGGUGAACGAACUGAACGAACAGGUGAAGCAACUUGAAGUGGAAAAUUUUGAACAAGUCGCAAAGGAUCCUCCUCCCCCCUGUGUGCAACUUGAAAAGGAAAAAAAAAGAAACAAGAGGGGGGGGAGAAAAGAUGAAAAGAAAGGCCCAAAGGGGAUCCAUUCGGAUGUGGAGCAAUUCCCCCAGGUGAUGUCGCAUGAGGGGGGACACGCACAUGUGCGCAUAAAACGAAAGAGCCAAGUUAGAGUGGCGCUGCAUCGGUUGAGGAAGCGGUUCGCUCACGCCCGGAAGAACUACAUGAACGUCCUCGAUUACUACAACAUGUGCGUAACUCCCUACGAGUUGGGUUUGUUUUUUUUAAGAUUCGUUCGAGUGGUACGGCGGAAAAGGGGGAUCAACAGUUCGUACGGCGACGCGCUGUUCUUUUUCGUUUUCCACGUCUUGCUCCGCAGGGCCUUCCGGCUGGCGCGGCGGGCGCGUGCGCACCCGUAG